CUGCAAGGUGAGGUGGAACACUUCUGGCUUCUAGUCCAAAUGCCAAGCGUUUGACCUGUGGCUACAUGACUCCUUGAAGGAUAAGAACAAUGUUAUGUUGGGGAUAUUGGUCUCUGGGCCAACCUGGUAUCAGCACCAACCUGCAAGGAAUUGUGGCCGAGCCACAGGUGUGUGGAUUUAUAUCUGACAGAAGUGUCAAGGAAGUGGCUUGUGGAGGGAACCACUCCGUGUUCCUGCUGGAGGAUGGGGAAGUUUACACGUGUGGCUUGAACACCAAGGGGCAGCUGGGCCAUGAGCGCGAAGGAAACAAGCCAGAACAAAUCGGCGCGUUGGCAGACCAGCACAUCAUUCACGUGGCCUGUGGCGAGUCCCACAGCCUGGCCCUCAGUGACCAGGGCCAGCUGUUCUCCUGGGGUGCGGGGAGUGAUGGUCAGCUAGGACUCAUGACAACUGAGGAUUCCGUAGCAGUGCCCAGGUUAAUACAGAAGCUGAACCAGCAGACGAUAUUACAAGUUUCCUGUGGCAACUGGCACUGUUUGGCUCUUGCGGCUGAUGGCCAGUUCUUCACGUGGGGCAAGAACAGCCAUGGGCAACUGGGACUGGGGAAGGAGUUCCCUUCCCAAGCCAGCCCGCAGAGGGUGAGGUCCCUGGAGGGCAUCCCGCUGGCCCAGGUGGCUGCAGGAGGCGCUCACAGCUUUGCCCUGUCUCUCUCAGGAGCUGUGUUUGGCUGGGGAAUGAAUAAUGCCGGGCAGCUCGGGCUCAGUGACGAGAAAGAUCGAGAGUCUCCGUGCCAUGUGAAACUCUUGCGAACGCAAAAGGUUGUCUACAUCAGCUGUGGAGAAGAGCACACAGCAGUCCUCACAAAGAGUGGAGGUGUGUUCACCUUUGGGGCUGGUUCCUGUGGGCAACUUGGACAUGACUCCAUGAACGACGAGGUUAAUCCGCGAAGAGUUCUCGAGCUGAUGGGCAGUGAAGUGACCCAGAUUGCUUGUGGCAGACAACACACCCUCGCUUUCGUGCCUUCUUCCGGACUCAUCUAUGCAUUUGGUUGUGGAGCAAGAGGCCAACUAGGAACUGGACACACUUGUAAUGUUAAGUGUCCAUCUCCUGUGAAGGGUUACUGGGCCGCCCACAGUGGCCAGCUUUCAGCCCGAGCUGAUCGCUUUAAAUAUCACAUUGUUAAGCAGAUCUUUUCUGGAGGAGACCAAACUUUUGUACUUUGCUCGAAAUAUGAGAAUUCUUCUCCUGCUGUUGACUUCAGGAUUAUGAACCAAGCACAUUAUACCAGUUUAAUAAAUGAUGAAACCAUAGCAGUUUGGAGGCAAAAACUUUCAGAACACAACAAUGCAAAUACAAUCAAUGGUGUUGUUCAGAUACUGUCUUCUGCGGCCUGUUGGAAUGGAAGUUUUCUUGAAAAAAAGAUUGAUGAACAUUUUAAAACAAGUCCAAAAAUCCCUGGAAUUGACCUGAACUCAACGAGGGUGUUGUUUGAGAAGUUAAUGAACUCUCAGCACUCCAUGAUUCUAGAACAGAUCUUAAACAGUUUUGAAAGUUGCCUGAUUCCCCAACUGUCAAGCUCACCACCUGAUGUUGAAGCAAUGAGAAUCUAUUUAAUACUGCCUGAGUUUCCCCUGCUCCAGGAUUCCAAGUAUUAUAUAACAUUGACUAUUCCUUUGGCUAUGGCCAUUCUGCGGCUGGACACAAACCCCAGCAAAGUAUUAGAUAACUGGUGGUCUCAGGUAUGCCCGAAAUAUUUCAUGAAGCUGGUCAACCUCUAUAAAGGUGCAGUCCUUUAUCUGCUGAGGGGGAGAAAGACAUUCUUAAUCCCUGUACUGUUUAACAAUUACAUUACAGCAGCUCUCAAGCUCUUGGAGAAGUUAUACAAGGUAAAUCUGAAAGUGAAGCAUGUGGAAUAUGACACAUUUUACAUUCCGGAGAUUUCCAAUCUUGUGGACAUUCAAGAAGACUACCUCAUGUGGUUCUUGCAUCAAGCAGGGAUGAAGGCUAGACCCUCUAUCAUACAGGACACGGUGACGCUGUGCUCCUACCCUUUCAUCUUCGAUGCCCAAGCCAAGACCAAAAUGUUACAGACCGAUGCUGAGCUACAGAUGCAGGUAGCUGUCAAUGGAGCCAACUUGCAGAACGUCUUCAUGCUUCUCACUCUGGAGCCUCUGCUGGCCAGAAGCCCCUUCCUGGUCCUUCACGUUCGCAGGAACAACCUCGUCGGAGAUGCCCUAAGAGAGCUGAGCAUUCAUUCUGAUAUUGAUUUAAAAAAGCCUCUCAAAGUAAUUUUUGAUGGCGAAGAAGCAGUGGAUGCUGGUGGUGUUACAAAGGAGUUCUUUCUCUUGCUGUUAAAAGAACUGUUGAAUCCCAUCUAUGGAAUGUUUACCUACUAUCAAGAUUCCAAUCUCUUGUGGUUUUCCGACACGUGUUUUGUAGAGCACAACUGGUUUCACUUGAUUGGCAUAACCUGUGGACUAGCUAUCUACAACUCCACCGUGGUUGAUCUCCACUUCCCGUUGGCUCUCUACAAGAAGUUACUGAACGUGAAGCCUAGCUUGGAAGACUUAAAGGAGCUGUCGCCCACUGAAGGAAGGAGUCUUCAGGAGCUUUUAGAUUAUCCUGGAGAAGAUGUUGAGGAAACUUUUUGCCUCAAUUUCACGAUCUGCCGAGAAAGCUAUGGAGUAAUUGAACAGAAGAAGCUGAUCCCUGGGGGAGACAAAGUGACCGUGUGCAAGGAUAAUAGGCAGGAGUUUGUGGAUGCUUAUGUGAAUUAUGUCUUCCAAAUCUCCGUUCAUGAGUGGUACACAGCCUUCUCCAGCGGCUUCCUAAAGGUGUGCGGUGGCAAAGUACUUGAGCUCUUCCAGCCUUCCGAACUGAGGGCCAUGAUGGUGGGGAACAGCAACUACAACUGGGAAGAACUAGAAGAGACUGCCAUCUACAAGGGUGAUUACUCUGCUACACAUCCCACUGUGAAACUGUUUUGGGAGACAUUUCAUGAGUUUCCAUUGGAAAAGAAGAAGAAAUUUCUCUUGUUCCUGACAGGCAGCGAUCGGAUUCCCAUCUACGGCAUGGCCAGCCUGCAGAUCGUCAUCCAGUCCACGGCCAGCGGGGAGGAGUACUUGCCCGUGGCCCACACUUGCUACAACCUUCUUGACCUCCCCAAGUACAGCAGCAAAGAGAUUCUGAGCGCACGGCUGACCCAGGCCCUCGACAACUAUGAGGGCUUCAGCUUGGCCUGAGGCUCCCCAGCUUGUCGGAGCUUUUCCUUCCUCCCUCAGUGUCCACAUUGAGGCCUAUACAGAAAAUCCUGGGGAGUGAUUUCUAUUUUUUUAUUGUAUUCGUGGGGUGGGACUUUUGAAUCCUGAACCUGGUUGAUGUGUUUCUGGGGGUCGUAAGCAGUAAACAAUCAUUUUGGAAAAUCAGGGGUUGGGGAUGGGGUAAAAACUGGCUCUUGUAAGGGAGGCGUUUUUGUUUGUUCUGUUUUUGUUUGAAACCAGACUACCCAGUGUUCCUUGCACUUGUGAGUGUGUUGCACUCUGCUGGCUGAAAGUCACUGAGUUUUUAACUUUCAUUUUCCCGACGCCCCUCCCAGCCUUGACCUAGGCUCUUAAUGCUUCCUUGUCUUUUCCUCUCAUUCUUCUCCGAGACUGGUCCUUUCGACCUGCACGUACAAAACUUCUCCUUUCUCUCUGCCCAGGAGAUGCCCUGGUCUGUUGCGGCCUGCCCUCCCCUAAGGGAGGAAGGGACUGCUUCAGAAACUCCCAGCCCCAAAGAGCUGAGUCCGGGUCCAUUACUCUGGCAAACUUGAGACUUGACGGAAGCCUCUGUGAGCGCAUCUUACUUCUCAGAGCCAGUUCCUGAGGGAGCCUGACCGUCCUGGCUGUGCCCGUUCCCCCGACCUCCCUGACGUGUGCGGGGCUAGCGCUGCCACCGAGCCUCAUUCAGUUUUGCUGCUCAGCCUUGUCCCUUUGACAAUAGGUGAAUGACAGGCUUCCCACCCAUCCUAUGACCUUCAUCUUGCUUUUGGAGCCAGUUGUAUUAAUUUUUUAAAGAGUCUCUAUAAUAUAUUAUCCAAGGAAGUAGUUAUAAUACAUUUCUUGUCUCUUUCUCUGCCAUUCAUAUCUUCUACGCCUUUCUGUUUCCUCCCUUUUCUCCCUUCCUCCUCUGUUCACUGGACUUUCUUCUCUUUCCUCACUUUCUCCCAUUCUUUGUCAGUCGGCUUAAUGCUCUCUUCCUGUCCUCUCCCUCUAGUGGAUGCAUGCAUAUUAUUAUUUUUUUUAAUUUUUAAUUUAUAGAAUUUCUAUUCCUAUUUUAUUUGCUCUCUUCCCUAAUUGCUAAGACUUAAGGACAUUCUUUACUAUGGAACUUCUGUUUAUCAUGUUUGAAAUGUCUGUUUACAGUGGGAUUUCAGGGGGGAUUGUGUUUAAGUCAAAUAUAUGUAUUUCAAAAAUAAUGACAUGCUCAGCCUUCCUCAUCAUGGGAUAAGAAAACUCUACAUGAUCAAAGAAUCCAUGUAAGCCUAAUUUUAAAUUCCUAGUAACUAGAAAAAAGACUUAUUUAUAUAAAAUGAAAUAUUUAUGAACCGUGAUACAACAGCAAAUCUCAAUGAAAGAUUGUAGAUUUUUGCUUUUUCUUUUUGUUUUUAAAACUUAUUCCAAUUGCUAAAUUGGUAGUUUUUCAGUCUUUAUAAAUAUGAGAUUAAAAAAGAUAUACAGUUAUAUGAAAUGUUUAUUUUCUAUGUGUGUGCAUAUAGUUCAAUAUUAUGCAAUAAAUUUGGUGUUUUAACUUAAAGCUAUUUCUUAUUUUGCUUGCAGAAUGGGCAGCUUACUUUCAGUAGAAGCAUUAGGUCAUAUACCCAAACAACCUAACA